AUGGGCUUUUUCAAUCUUUCCACUUCAAAUAUUGCUCCAGCAAAGAAGGAUAAGAAGAAUCGAUCAUUCUUUACAUCCUUUAUGGAUUCUAGUCCACAGUUACAUCAUCAAUCUAAGAAGAGAUCAACUCCUAAAGAAUUGGCACAGAAAUGUUGUACAGAAGAGUAUGGAUUGGGUAAAUUUCUCAAUCAGCAAACAAGUAGAAAUGAAAAUGAUAACAUUUCAACAUCAUCAAAUGCAACAGCUGCUCCAAUGAAACUUUCAGAUUUUGAAAAGGCACAAGCAAAUAAUACUCCAAUUGAAACUGAGGUUGAGAAAACAUAUCCCUCCUCCUCACUUCAAGCAUAUCCAAAUAAGAAGAAGAAACAAACUCCAACAAUGGCCAUUCUAAAAUGUUGUCCAUUCGAUGAUGUCAGUGCUCUCAUUGAUGUUGAUAAAUUUGAAAAGAAGCAAACAACACCAACAACUACACUAACCUAUUCUCAAUCCAAUGUUCCAAAUCAGGCUGCUUCUUCAUCUGUUGGAACACCAGCUGUAAAGGAACAAGUUGAACCAACAUCUAAAGAUAUUCCACAAGAUAGAGCUGUAUUUUCCUCCUCCUUUUUGCUUUCCAAUAAUUCAAACAAAAUGGAUACUUCGGAUUAA